AUGUUCGUGUAUAAGAGAGACGGACGUCAAGAGCCAGUCAAAUUUGAUAAAAUCACAGCACGCAUCUCGCGUUUAUGUUAUGGAUUGGAUCCUAAGCAUAUCGAUGCGGUGAAAAUUACACAGCGGAUCAUCUCCGGUGUGUACGAAGGUGUGACAACGGUGGAGUUGGACAAUCUGGCUGCCGAAACUUGUGCGUAUAUGACCACGGUUCAUCCUGACUACGCAACUUUGGCCGCUAGAAUUGCCAUCUCAAAUCUUCACAAACAAACCACCAAGCAGUUUUCGCAGGUGAUAAGCGAACUUUUCCAUUACGUGAACCCCAAGAAUGGAAUCCACUCGCCCAUGAUCUCCCAGGAGGUGUACGAUAUCGUGCAGGACAACAAGGACGAGCUGAACUCUGCAAUUGUCUACGACCGCGAUUUUAAUUACAACUAUUUUGGCUUCAAGACCCUUGAGCGCUCCUACCUUCUCAGAAUCAACGGACAGGUUGCAGAAAGACCACAACAUUUGAUUAUGCGUGUGGCUGUCGGUAUUCAUGGCAACAACAUCGCCAGGGUAUUGGAAACUUACAAUCUGAUGUCACUCAAGUACUUCACGCAUGCGUCUCCUACGUUGUUCAAUGCCGGUACUCCCCACCCACAGAUGUCGUCGUGCUUUUUGGUGGCUAUGAAAGACGACUCAAUCGACGGCAUUUACGACACUUUGAAAGAAUGUGCUAUGAUCUCUAAAACUGCGGGCGGUAUCGGAUUGCAUAUUCACAACAUUCGCUCGACCGGGUCUUACAUUGCCGGUACAAACGGAACUUCCAACGGUCUUAUCCCCAUGAUUCGUGUCUUCAACAACACUGCUCGCUACGUUGAUCAAGGUGGUAACAAAAGACCAGGUGCUUUUGCUCUGUACCUUGAGCCAUGGCAUUCAGACAUUUUCGAUUUUGUUGACAUCCGCAAAAACCACGGUAAGGAGGAAAUUCGUGCCAGAGAUUUGUUCCCAGCUCUUUGGAUUCCUGACUUGUUUAUGCAAAGGGUCCAGGAAAAUGGCGAUUGGACUCUGUUCUCUCCAAGUGAAGCUCCAGGACUUGCUGACGUUUAUGGAGCAGAGUUUGAAGCUCUUUACGAGCGCUACGUUCAGGAAGGUCGUGGUAGAAAGACCAUCAAGGCUCAAAAGUUGUGGUAUGCUAUUCUAGAGGCCCAAACAGAGACUGGUACACCUUUCAUGCUGUACAAAGAUGCCUGCAACCGUAAAUCGAACCAAAAGAAUUUGGGUGUCAUCAAGUCUUCAAACUUGUGUUGCGAAAUCGUCGAGUAUUCUGCGCCUGAUGAAACUGCUGUUUGUAAUUUGGCUUCUGUCUCCCUACCUUCUUUCGUCGAAACUUCGGCGGACGGCAAGACGCAGUGGUACAACUUCGAAAAGCUUCACGACAUCGCCAAAGUGGUUACGUAUAACCUGAAUCAGAUCAUCGACCGUAACUACUACCCAGUCGAAACUGCCAGGAACUCCAAUAUGAGACAUAGACCUAUCGCACUUGGUGUACAGGGUUUGGCAGAUGCUUUCAUGGUUUUGCGUAUCCCAUUUGACUCCCAAGAGGCUAAGGAACUCAACAUUCAAAUUUUCGAAACUAUCUACCAUGCCGCUUUGGAAGCAUCCCACGAACUAGCCUUGAAAGAAGGUUCAUACCAAUCCUUCGAGGGUUCUCCUGCCUCCCAAGGUAUUUUACAGUUUGAUAUGUGGAACAAGAAGCCAACGGACCUAUGGGAGUGGGAUACUUUGAAAGCGAAGAUUCAAAAAGGCGGUUUGAGAAACUCUCUUCUCGUUGCUCCAAUGCCAACUGCCUCCACCUCUCAAAUUUUAGGUAAUAACGAGUGCUUCGAGCCUUAUACCUCGAACAUGUACUCGCGUCGUGUCUUAUCGGGUGAAUUCCAAAUCGUCAACCCCUACCUACUGCGCGACCUGGUCGAUCUUGGUAUCUGGGACGAUGCUAUGAAGUCUCAUAUCAUUUCUGAUAACGGUUCUAUUCAGAACCUACCGAACAUUCCACAAAGCUUGAAAGAUCUUUACAAGACCGUUUGGGAAUUGUCUCAGAAAGCCAUCAUUGAGAUGGCAGCCGAUCGUGCUUGCUACAUUGACCAGUCUCAAUCCUUAAACGUCCACAUCCGUGCCCCUACCAUGGGUAAGCUAACUAGUAUGCAUUUCUACGGUUGGAAGAAGGGUUUGAAGACGGGUAUGUACUACUUGAGAACUCAAGCUGCCUCUGCUGCCAUCCAGUUCACAAUUGACAAGUCUGUGGCCUCACAGGCAGGAAACAAGGUGGCUGAUGUGGAAAACUUGUCCAGACCACUAUAUGUUCCUCGUCAGACUGACUUCAGCGACGGAGCUGCAAAGAUUCAACCGCUUCGCGUAACACAAGAAACGAAGGAGCGUUCACCUACGCCAUCUGGUGAAUCCUCUCUCGCAAACAGUGUUGCGUCUCUCAAAAUUGAAGACAGCAAACCCGAGGUGCCCGCAGUUGCUGAAUCAACUCCGGCCAAACCUCAAACGGACGCCCAGCCAGACAAGAACGAGUCGAAUCCAGCGGAAUUUGACAUCUACAACUCUAAAGUCAUCGCGUGCGCCAUUGACAAUCCUGGUGCUUGCGAAAUGUGCUCUGGUUGA